AUGCUCAUGUCAUACCAAAUCUACAACCUAGACUGUACUCCCUCCACUGUAGUACACAGUAGGACAAACUUCAUCCUUGGCAGCGUAGAUGGCACGAACCGGACUGCGGAGGUUUUGACGGGUCAAAGGUUCAGGCCACUGUUAAACCCCAUUAUAGCCCUUGACGCUACAGCACGUGAGACCUGCAAGGUCAAAAGAGGGGGUCUGGAAAUGCCAUCAGGAAUAGAGAUUGAGCUUAGGUUGGCCUGGGUAGUUGAGGGUGCUGAACGAUCGCAGUGUAAACCCAGCGAAGCCGAGAUCACGCCCGAACAGCGCGACUUAAAAAAUCAACAAGGUUGA